UGUCCACAUCACCCUGUCUCAGGAGCCCUGAUUUCCAUAUUCUGGCCCUGAAGAUCCAUUUGCCUGCUGACUGGGUCCCCCUGAGCAAGUUUUUGGCAUAACCUCAAGUCCAAACUGAAUUUAUGAACUUAUGUAGCAUCUCUGGAACCAUCCUCCGCUGGGGAACCCUGAACACCCUGCUUUCAGGGACAGGUCGCUGAGCGUGUUAACAGAUCCAGCCAUCAUCUAUCCGACGUGGGCCAUGGCCAGGUCAUUGUGGACAUUGUCUAUGCAAUACUUGUCACUUCACCAAGUGACUUUUCUUCUCGUUGCUCUUCUCUUGGCCAUCUUUGGUUGUGGCUACUGGCACCAGAAGAACCAGAUUCACAGGAGUGAGCUAAUCAGGGCAGAUGCGGGUGAGAGAAAACAGUAUUGGCUGCAAGACAGACCAUUACCAAAGCUGAUAUAUCCCCAGCCAAGUGCACUUAAACCCACUAGGAGGGAUGUCCUUGUGCUGACCAGUUGGCUCUCCCCGAUUGUGUGGGAAGGGACUUUCAACACUGACAUCUUAAACAAGCAGUUCCAACUCCGGAACGCUACCAUUGGGUUGACUGUGUUUGCUUCUCAAAACUACACGGCGUACCUGGAGCAGUUCCUAAGGUCCGCGGAGGCGUUCUUCAUGGCGGGACACAGGGUGAACUACUACAUCUUUACUGACCAACCUCACGCGGUUCCUCGGAUCCCCCUCCAGAGCGGAAGAAAAGCAAUCACCUUCCAGAUCCCGAGUUUUGAGCACCAGAAGGACAUCUCCAGGCAGCGUCUGGAGUUCAUCAGCAUCUAUUCCAAACAGCGUUUUCACAAGGAGGUGGCUUUUCUGGUGUGCUCCGAUGUGGACGUCAGCUUCCAGCACGACGUGGGUGUGGAGAUUCUCUCUCCUCUGUUUGCCACCCUCCAUUUGAGCUUCUACAUGGCCAGCCGGGAGGUAUUACCCUAUGAACGGCGGCCUAAGUCACAAGCUUAUAUCCCAAAUGAUGAGGGGGACUUUUACUACACAGGGUCCUUGUUUGGGGGAUCAGUGGCAGAGAUACACAGGCUCACUGCGGCCUGUCACCAGAUGAUCGUAACAGAUCAGUCCAAUAACAUUGACACCCUGGGGUACGGCGAGAGUCACCUGAACAAGUACCUGCUUUACCACAAACCCACCAAGAUCCUCUCUUUAGAGUACAUGUUCAAUAAGAAGAUGGCUUUUGAGAGGUGGGUGAGUGAACACGUCAAUUUGUUCAGCCUCGUCAAGCAUGUUAAAAUUUUGGAGUUGCCCAAGGAUUACAUACAGACACAUAAUAAAGACAUCGCCACAAACUAUUCAGAGAGAGAGAGAGGGGCUGGUCACUGCUACACUCUAACCAUCCUCUUUUUUUUUCUUUGUCAUCAAUAA